AUUGCAAGAAGGUUUACUUGCAGGAAUAACGCCGUGUUUGCAUGGAUGAGGAGCGCAGGAAUGAAGAUGAUGUGGCGCUGAUGCUGUGAGUGAACAGCCGAAACACAUUAGACUUCUAGUGGUGGUGUUUAUAAUGGCUUUGAGAGUGUGGUUGAAGUUCAGACUAAAAUGUCGGUUUGUGGUGAUCUUCCUGUUUCUCUUCAGUCUGUUGGUGGUAAUGAUAUACACCCUUCCUCCCUUCCCAACUGAGCCGAGCAGGCUGAACGUUAGGGGCCCCCGCAAUAACAAACCCAGCAGGCUGGUCGAGAAGUUGUCUCUGAGACACUAUAUUCCAACAUCUUUAUAUGAACACAGCAAAACCUGGAAGAAUCCUGAAAUGAAAGAUUCUGCCAAACAUCUCCUGAUGGUCAACCGUCACCAAUUCUUAUUUUCCUCUGGUAAAACGGCAUUGAUUGAAAAGCCUGCAAAAAGUAAAGCAAACAAAAAGAAACAAUAUAUGCAGAAUAUAAACAAGAGUCCAGUUACGGCAUUUGCAGCUGGUGGGCGAGCCGUUAAACCAGGAAAUAGCAGCAACUCCAACCCAACCAUCCAUCUUCUUCGCUCCAGACAUGACCCGGCAUUCCCUCAGUCUGCCAGCAUCCAAAGGCUCCACCCAAACAACAAGACAUGCAGGCACAAAUGCACUCCAGAUGAAGUCAAAGCAAAGAGGCUUGUGGGGCAGUUCUAUGAUGCACAACAGGUGGUAAAACUGAAACAGGGCCCUGGAAAAAUAGGAACACAUGAAAGACAGGCAAGGCCCUCUGAGAGAAAGAGGCCCAAAUUCAGAGCAAAAACCAAAGACAGGGUUCCAGAAGAGGCUGGCAUGAAGGACUCAGCCAAUGACUGGUGUAUGACGGUCUCUGAUGAGACUUUCAUUGAUAACUGGAACCAAACCAAAGCAGAGUCUCUACCCUGGUUGAGUGAGGAUGAUAUAAAAAAGAUGGCUCUUCUCUCCAGAGGCACUGUGUUGAGUAAAGCCAGGAUUCCGGGCCAUGGACAAGUGCUUCAGGUUGAAUUUAGUGAGACAAAAGACAUCUUUGCUUCUGCAGGGGACAAUCAUAUCGCACACUGUGAGACAGGGAGCUGUGCUCUCUUAAAACGUCCCAAUGACUGGUUUGAGGUGUUCGCCUUUCACCUGGACAGAGUUCUGGGUCUGAACCGGAGCUUGCCCGCAGUGUUGAGAACAUUCCACAGUGAGAUUCUGCCGUACAAGUACACCAAUGGAUCUCCCAGACCAGUGAUAUGGUGGGAUCCCAGCAUCCAACAUCUGUCUGAUGCUGAGAACGACCAAAACUCUUUCUCACUCACUUGGCCACAAUAUCAAACUCUACUUCAGAGCAGGUGUGGUACUCGGGUGCCACUGAACUUCACAAGCUGUGUGGGAGUUCAUCAUUCAGAGUGGGGGAGGCUCGCCUUGUUUGACUUCCUGCUGCAGGUGAAUGACAGACUAGACCGGUCUUGCUGUGGUUUCAGACCAGACCCCUCAGAACUCUGUGUAGAAAACUUGCUUCAUGUCAAAUGCGGAAACCCAAAGGACUUAAAUCUGGUGCACAUCCUGGUCCGGAAAACGGAACCAUCCAGAUUGGUUUUUAUUGACAAUGCAGGAAGACCUCAUCAGCCGCAAGACAACCUCAACUUCAGACUGGUUGAAGGUAUUGAUGAAUUUCCAGAGCGGGCCGUUUCAGUGCUGAAAUCAGGAUGUCUGGAGAAGAUGCUCCUUCGCUCCCUGUCUGUAGAUCAGGUGUUCUGGGUGAGCAGAGGAGGGGCGUCCGGACUCAAAUCUAUCACCCGACACAUAGAACAAAGAGCCAUGGCUCUCCUCCAGCAUAUACGAGAAAAGAAACUGCGGCUUAACAGAGAUCUAUGACCCUCCAAUUAAGAGAAGAAAAUUCAGAAGACACUAAAAAUGUAUGGAAAUCCUUUGCUUUGAUAUGAAUCAUCCAGACUUAUUUAUGUCUGUGUUUGAAAGUCUGUUUUGCUGUGCAUUUUGGAAAGUCAUGCGCGAUACGCAAAGACGGCUAAAACGAGAGUAGGCAGUGACGUUUUGAGUCGAUUUCCCAAAACAUGGUGGACAAUCCUUGAACUGUGAUUAAGUGAUGCUCAGAGAAGAUAUUCCAGAUGGUCAUUUGCAAAGCAGGACCCAUGCAGAGGCUCAUCACUGUGAAGAGACUUACGCUGUGUCCUUACCAGAUGCGAUACAAUAAGAUUUCAACAACAAGCAGUUUGUCUUUCUACGCUAAAUGUUAAUGUGCUGUCGACGGCACACAGUUACAGCCAAUUAGAAGAUAUUUAAUAUUUAAUGUACAGUUAUGAGGAGCGGGAUCUUGGUGUAAAUGAUAUUUCAUAGUGGGUGAAUUGUCACACAAUUAGACGCCAAAUAAUCAACAAAAUCUGUCAUUAUUUGUUUCGCGGUCACAACUUCAUUUGCAUCGUACAUGCGAGAAACGAAGCUUUGUGUGUCGAGUCUUGUCUGUGGCGUAUUGAGGAAGGGUAACUGCAGCUGUGAAUUAGAUAUGAAGCUGAGCUAAUGAAGCUUCUAAACAAUUUUUCUUGUACAGUGUCCUUGAAAUGACAAAACAAGAGAAUUGUGGUGUACAAGCUAAAUCUUUAAUGAAGGCUGCUGUACUAGAAUAGAUGCUGAGGACUAUGAAACUGUGGUAUGGAGUGAAACUGAGCCCUCUCCACAUAACUCCUAUUGGGCUCCUACAGGGCACUUGGUACCCAAAGGUACAGUUAUGCAUGAAAUUGCUGAGUCUGUAUUUGCGGUGUGUCAUGUGUAGAGUUGUCACACAUGACUGUAGACUUUCUCCCUUAUCUUAUAGACUGCAUACUGUACACACUUUUUGCCCCCUAUCGUCUGUAACAAUGUUCAAAGGUCCAACGACUUUUAAACAUAUAACAUACGUAAUGUUUUGACACCUGAUUUCUACUAUAUUAAAUCAUCUAGCCGAUUUACAGUGUACCUUUUUUGUCUGAUUUUUCCCCUUAAUUUCAGAGCUCUGCAGAACUAAAAUAUAUAUUCAUUUAAAAUACCCAUGAAUGCAAUUAUUAAUGUUAAUAAUUAGCAUGACUUUUCCAGUAAAUUUGGCUACUAUGCAGGUUAAGGAUAGUGGGAACUCUUCUUCUUUAAAAAAAAAAAAAGAAAAAUUAUAUAUAUCCUUAAUGGGCCAUGGUCCUCUGGUCGACAAUUGCUUAUUUAGACAAUUCAGUCAUAUUGUAUGCUGUUAUUACGCUCCCAAAACUUUGUAGUGUGUGCAUGGCCUUUUUGUAAAACAAACUCAAUUUGGUGUUUUGACUUAGUUUUCAUCACCCACUCCCACUAGUUUAUGCAUAAUUAAAAAGUCAUUAUUUUUGGAAACGUAUGACUGCCACUUUGGGACAUUGAUCGCUCUACUUAUUACUUGCUGAAUUCGGAAUUUUCUCUCGAAUAAAUGUGCUCAUCUAAGAUUUAUGAGAAAUUUAUUUCAAGACUAGUCAAAAGCCUCAGUCACAAUCGCAAGUAUCGGACAGCUUAUUUAUUUUUCAUAAAUCAAUGCUCGAAUCGCAUUUGGCGAGUUUGCGCGUUUGAGUUUGUCUUCGUCUCAACGCGAAUGCGGACUGCAGAAAAUGCAGAUAUCAUUUCCUGAAAUCAAAUGAAUAAAGAGAAGAACAGUUUAGAGUGGCUAUAUCGAGCCCAUCUGUUCAUGAGUUGAUCUUGUCGCUUCCUAUAAGCCUCAUACUGAUCACACAUUUGGAGAUUAGGAGCAUGCCGAGGGAGAAAAAAAUAAAUGAUAUCAGCAAAACAUUAAAUCUCCCUUUCAUCCAGUUUAAAUUCCCACAGGUCUCAUUUACAUUUGCCUAAUGUGGGCCAGAGAUUCCUGCCUGUGUUCUGCUUCCAAUUUCACUUCAAAGUACUUUGACUGCUUUUUUUUAAAAGUUAGGAAGGGAGUUCACCAAACAGAUUUGUAACCCCCUUGAACAUAAGACUUGUUUAGCAUAAAUGCUGAACACGCAGAUACUUUAUAUCCUUGAUGAACUCUAUAAUACUUUAAAACUGCAGUGCAAUUUUUGUAUAUUGUAUUGCUGGUCGAACAAUUAAAGGGUUAGUUCACCCAAAAAUGAAAAUCAGCCUGUGUUUUACUCACCCUCGAGGCAUCCUAGGUGUAUAUGACUUUCUUCUUUCAGAUGAAUCCAGUCGGAGUUAAAAAAUCGCCCUGGCUUUUCCAUUGCAGUGGGA